AAAAGUCGGGACACCUCUCUGCCCAGGCUCAGCCUAGUGGGACCCUGGAGGGACACUGGAGUGUGGGAGAAGGACUUCGGAUGAGACGUCCAUGAACAAUGUCAUAGAGAAGACUCACAGAGUUCUGAGGGUCAUGGAGAUCAAAGGGUCUCUCUCCUCCCUCCCUUUGUAUCGGCAUUGGCUGCAAAACACCAAGCUCCCCGCCUACACCAGGGAAGCUCUCUGCGCGCCUGCCUGCCGCGGCAGCACCGUCGUGUACAACUGCUCCACCUGCCAGGAACUCGACGUCUGCUGCUGGCCCCGAAAGCGCUGCCUCCCAGGUCCAGUUACUUGGAAGAAAAAAGGACGAGUGAAGGUUUCUAUGCCCUCCCAGCCUCCAGUUCUAAAGACCAUGAACCCACAACCUCCACUUCCCUCCAAGGGGAUCAGCCAGCCCCUGAGUUCCACUCCCCGAGGUUCAGCCUUCCAGACCCGGAAGCCCAGACAUCCCCUUGAUCCCAGUGUCAGAGGGCCUCCCAGGACCCAGGCACCCCACUGGAAGUAUCCUCCCCUCCAGCCCUCAACUAAUCAGACAGGAGCAGCCAGCCGCUGGUUCCAGGAAAUUAUCUACAGAAGGAAAGAAUCCCCUCCUCGCCACCCUCCCACUCCCCCUCCCGCCUGUUCUCGGAAAGCAGGGGCCGCCUGCCCCAGAAGCUCCUCCUGGCCCUCUUGUGACUGAUUGGGAAUCCGGGAAUGAGUGUUUUGGAAAACUCCCUCCAGAGCUGAGACCACAUCAGUCAGCCUGCUGGCAGGGUCUCCCUCCAUUUAAUAUUGUGAAGCCUUGGCCUCCCACAGAGGCGUCCCUCCUGCCAAGGCCAAGUAAACCUGUUGUCAGAUGGCCUCCACCCCUGCCUGGCCUCUGUCUGCAACUGGGGAGGGCAGAGGGGGGCGGGAG